AUGAACAACCUUGAGAUGUCUGGCAAGGCGCUCUGGAGCAAACAGGGUAAGGCACGCCGAGCCUUGCUUACCAAAAUCUACGAACCGGCUUCACGGCUGCGGAAAGGGUCUCCCGAGUACAACAAACUUGCAUCCUCGGGGCGGAUAUGGGAGGAAUAUUUCCAGCCCGGCAACAGUCUCGAAAAGGGAUAUGUAGGGCUCCAGAAGAAGCAUAAGCGUUUGCUGGACGAUAUCGACGUUCUGAAAGCAAAACUUCCGACGGUGGAGCUGGGCAAACCCAUGGUUUUCGAAUACGCGCAACAGUCCGUCAUGAUCGAGAACAACCCCCUGACAGUCGGAGAUGCGAACCGCAUCUUCGAAUCGAUGCAGAAGAAUGUUUUCAGACGCGUUGACCUGGCUUCGACUUCCAGCAGCGAGCUCGUCAGAAUUGUCACAUCUGAGGCCGAGGGCGAAACUGGCGACGACUCUUCAAUCAACGAGCUGAAGAUUCACAUCAUAGCAUCGCAGUGGAUCGCCGAGAACGCAGCAGGCAAGGUUUGCACCGCGGGGCUCUGCGAAGACGAGGUACGAGACCUCGCCGUCGUGUCUGUCAGAAACACAAAGUCUGAGGCGGCUUACGACAUAUGGGGAGGAAAAGACCAGACCAAAGACUCUGAAGCCAGCAGCAACCUGGUAUGGGGGGCAGGCGUUCCGCUCGGAGGGUACCGAAAUCUGCCCAUCACGGUUCGCAGCAACCGUCUCCGAAUCUUUCCCUACCCACAGGAAUUCCCCGCCUGCGUCAAGAGAUUCUUCGAGUGGCGCGAUACGCAGCAUCGCGAGAAGGCACUCCAUCCGCUGGUUCUGGCCUGUCAGAUGACGGCUUACUUUGUCCACGUUCAUCCGUUUCCCGACGGUAAUGGGCGUACCAGCCGCAUGAUCGAGCAGGAUUACCUUGCUCGUCAAGGCUACUUACCGGUGGUUAUCCGGGGGUUGCAGCGGAAGGACUAUUUGCGGAUGAUCGACAACGCCAGCGAAGGCAAACCAGGCGAGUUUGUAACGGCAGCCCUAGAGGCUCAGCUAUCGGCGCUGCAGAUAUUAUACAGGCGUUACCUCCUGACGGACGACUUGUAG